CGAAUUGACUUGAACGGGGUGAUCGGGCCUCAAAGGCCAUCUUUUUCAGUCAAUCCUCAUUCCUCAAGCCUUGGACACAAUUAUUUUUACUUUAGCAUCGGCAUUACCUGAGGAUUCGGAAUUCUGAUGUCAAGGACAAAUACUUAUCGAUUGACCAUGGAUGCAAGAUGCCCACCUAUGCUAGUCAAUAAUCAUUCGGGAACUGGUGAAUGCUCCAGUUCAAAUUCUAUCAUUCAGCAAAAUGUUGAGGAUGAUAGGAUGAUUGCUGUUGUGCUUUCUGAAGAGUAUGCUAAACUAGAUGGUUCACAUGGCCAACGUUUUUCUAACUUGGCACAUGUUCCUCAUAUCCCACGAAUAAAUACCUACAUUCCCAACACAAGUGAUGCAAGUUUAGACCACCAGCGGCUACUCCAGAGGCUGAAUGUCUAUGAUCUAUAUGAAGUUAAGGUCUCUGGGGAUGGCAAUUGUCAGUUUCGCGCACUUUCAGACCAGAUGUAUAGGUCACCUGAUUACCACAAACAUGUGCGGAAAGAAGUUUUGAAGCAGCUCAAGGAUUAUCAUUCUUUAUAUCAAUGUUAUGUUCCAAGGAAGUAUAAACACUACUACAAGAAAAUGUCUAGAUUAGGUGAGUGGGGGAUCAUGUCACACUACAAGCUGCUGCUGAUAAGAAUAUUUCUCCAUUGAAGACUUGCAGAGCUGUUAGACUGCAAUUGAUGCGCACCUAUAUGAAGUCACAUAGAGAAAGGGGAGUGAAUCCGUAAAAUCUAGAGAGUGCAUGUUUCACGAUCAAGAGGAUAUUUCUCCAUUGAAGACUUUCAGAGCUAUUAGAUAGUGAUUGGUGUGCACCUAUAUGAAGUCCCAUAGAGAAAAGGGGGUGAUUUCAUAAAAUCUAGAGAGUGCACAUUUUCCUAUCAAAUGGGAACUUCAUGCUCAUAUACCAAGGGAACAUGUUGGGUCGUUGAGAUAUACUCCCCAUUGGAUAAAAUCAUUGCAGGGAAGCCUUCUUAACUUAUUGAUUUUCUAAUUUUUAUUUGUUUAUAGGGACAAUCAAUUGAAAGCUACAGUGUGGGAUCAACAUAUACCAAGGCCAAGAGUUGAAACCGUA